AUGGUGGUUUUGGAUGGGAUUAACUUUGAGAGUUUCCGUGAAGAUUUGCUAAGUGUCUGUGCUACUGAUGUUGAAGAGCUUGUGCUCCUGAAAUUUCGCAAAACCUGGUGGUUUAAGUUUAGGAAUAGAUGUGUACUGGAGCUCUAUGUGUUGUCGCCUGAGUCCAGUGCUCCUCAGACAUACAAACCUGGGGAAAAUGCUACAAAAAGAACAAUGGAGGCAGAGAUUCUGAAGACUGAGAAGAACGCUGAAGGGAUUGUGUUGUUGGAUGAGGAGAAAGAAACUGUUCAGGACAAGAACGUCGCGGUUACUACAACCAAUGGAAACAGUUCUCCAGUUACUCCUCUCAAGUUAGACCAAACCAAGAACCGUCAAGGUAGAAACAAGAAGUCAGUUAAAGAUAACGGUAACAACAACGGUGAUCAUCAUUCGGAAAACGGAGGAGCAGAGAGUGGAUUAGAGCACUGUGGGAAGAUCAUAAGACAGCUUGAGAUUUUAUUUAUUUAA